AUGCGAAGAGGUGCACCUUGUCACAUCGAGGGCGGCAGCGACGUGGUGCCGGACGUCAUUGGGCCCGGCUGUCGCAGCCUGGUGGCCGUCAAGACGCUGCGGCCCGGCACCUCCCAGGCGGCCAGGGCGGACUUUGAGCGGGAGGCGCGCACCCUGGCCCGCCUGCAAGACCCGAACAUCGUGCGCGUGCUGGGCCUGUGCACGCGCGAGGAGCCCCUCUGCGUGGUGGUCGAGUAUAUGGAGCAUGGCGACCUCAACCAGUACCUGCAGCAGCACGUGGCGGAGACGGCCCUGCACGCCUCCGGCAAAGUACUUAGCUACGGAAGCCUGAUUUAUAUGGCCACUCAGAUAUCGUCCGGUAUGAAAUAUCUGGAAUCCCUAAACUUCGUGCAUCGGGACUUGGCUACGAGAAACUGUCUGGUCGGUCGCGGGCACAUGGUGAAGAUAUCCGACUUCGGCAUGAGCAGAGGCGUGUACGCCAACGACUACUACAAGAUCGAGGGCAGGACACUGCUGCCAAUCCGCUGGAUGGCCUGGGAGGCCAUCUUUCUGGGUAAAUUCACCACCAAGUCGGACGUUUGGUCGUUUGCGGUGACGCUGUGGGAGGUGCUGACCUACGCGCGCCAGCAGCCUUACGAAGAGAUGACCGAUGAGCGCGUCAUCGAGACGCUGGCCCAGCUCUAUCACAACGACGCGCAGCAGGUGUACCUGCCGCAGCCACACGAUUGUCCCCGUGAGAUCUACGACCUGCUGCUGGAGUGCUGGCGGCGUGACCCGCUCGACCCGGCCCAACCUUCCGUGUUUUCGUUGGCGCGGGUCACCGGCUCGGUGGGCGGACGCCACUUCAACACGGAUCCCGUGACCCACUACACGCUGGGCGGCGGCGGCUUCAACGGCGCCAGGAACGUGUCGGUCAAGAUGCCACGCGUGCUGGCCCGCUACCUGCGGCUCGAGCUGCAGUUCGCCGCCGCCUGGAUCCUGGUCAGCGAGGUCACGUUCGAGUCAGAGCCGGCGGUGGGCAACUUCAGCGACGAGACGGGCCCGCUGCUUCGGGAGACGGCGCUGGAGGGCGGCGGCCGGGCCGGCGACGGGCAGCGCAUCGCUGGAGCUCUGAACGGCUCCCGUCGUCAGCUGGAGCUCUGA